AUGAGGAUAGUUGCUUAUCGCAGGAUCGCACUCUGUGGGAUGUUGUGCUAUUGGGUGGUAAUCUUCUGGGUAGCCAUCUCCAUGGGUCGAAACUGGCCAAUCAAAGAGACAGUCCCACUUUUGCACCGUCAGUCACAAGCCAAACAAUUGGUUGAUCGUCGUGAUCCACCUGACUCACAUCAGAUGACCAUCGUGCGCUCAGAAAUGCUGAAUGAAAAAACAUAUGUUAGGCCCGAGCACAAUCCGAACGUAACGCAAAGAACCAAGGAAGCCAAACCUGAACAUGUGCGUUCCGCAACUCCCAGAGUCUGGCCAAAUCCUAAAUUUCCGGAUGACGACAGAAUUUUGGCACAGAUGAAAUAUGUUCCCGAAAGUCUGCAAGCUGUUAAUGCUAGUCAAGUGCCUCGAGAUAAAAGGAUACUAAUUCAUCGUGCGUACGGUCCAUUGGCUAUGACGUUCCAAACUCGAACAUUUGCGGAUCUUCACUGUCCAGUUAGUAGAUGCAUUAUUGUGAAAGAUCCGGACCGGUUCGACACAGCAGAUGUGGUGAUCUUUGAGCAGAAUGCUAUCGCUCCAGAACAAAUCAAACCAGCUCACCAAAUAUGGCUGAUGUACCUACUAGAGCCGCCACCUUUUACGGGAAUAAAGUCAUUUAAAAACUUGAUAAAUUGGACAGCGACUUACAGAUCGGAUUCCACCAUUGUGACGCCUUAUGAAAAAUUUGUCCCAUUCGCUACACCCGUGAAAAAAAUCCAAAAAAAAAAUUAUGCAGCAGGGAAAACUAAAAAGGUAGCUUGGUUUGUCUCGAAUUGUUUCUCCGAAAACAACAGGUUUGGUGUGGCAACAGAACUAGCCAAGUAUAUCACAGUGGAUAUCUUUGGUGACUGCGGUAGUAAGUCCUGUCCACGAUCGAAAGAAGCCGAUUGUUUUCAAAUGCUUUCUAGAGAUUACAAAUUUUACCUUGCAUUUGAAAAUUCGAACUGUGUUCACUACGUGACUGAAAAGCUGUUCAGGAAUGGAUUACAAAAUGACGUAAUCCCAGUUGUAAUGGGAGCCCGGUCAGAAGACUAUAAGCGAGUAUCACCACCUCAUUCCUAUAUUCAUGUGGAAGACUUUGAGACUUUGAAGGAUCUGGCGAAAUACCUUCACUUGUUAGAUCUCAACGAUGACUUGUAUAACGCGUACUUCCGGUGGCAGGGCACCGGAGAGUUUGUGAACACACAGUUUUGGUGCCGUCUGUGUGCGCUUGCGCACGACUCCGAUCACCCGCCAUCUCACUAUGAAGACAUUCAGGAAUGGUGGGGAGGAAAAGGUUCGUGUAUAGGGAUGCAAAUGUGGAGGGAUGUCUACAAAGUAAAACGUCAGUAA